CUUUCUGUUUGUGAAAAGAGCUGAGCAGAGCUGAAGGCUGCAUGGUGGUUUCAGAAACGGCCUACUUAAUUCCAAGAGAACAAUGGUAGGAAAGGCUAGAUCUUCCAAUUUUACCUUAUCUGAAAAGCUUGAUUUGCUAAACCUUGUGAAGCCAUAUGUGAAAAUUCUCGAAGAGCACACUAAUAAAAAUUCAGUAAUAGUGGAAAAGAAUAGAUGUUGGGAUGUCAUAGCAGUUAACUAUAAUGCGAUUGGAGUAGACCGCCCUCCUCGCACAGCUCAGGGCCUACGCAGCCUUUACAAAAGGCUCAAAGAAUAUGCCAAACAGGAGCUAUUGCAGCAAAGGGAGGCCCAGUCAGAGUUUAAAAGCAAUGUCUCCGAGCCAACCAAGAAAGUUAUGGAGAUGAUUCCCCAGAUUGCCAGCUUUUGCCUCAUAAGAGACAGGAACCACAUACAAAGUGCAAACUUGGAUGAGACUGCCCAAGCUGGUACCAGUUCGCUGCAGGUAAUGGUGGAUCACCAUCCUGUUGCUAUCACUGUAGAGGUGAAGCAAGAAGAGGACAUUAAGCCAUCUCCUCCCCUCAACUCCUCAAAUCCUCAACUCAGUGAUACUUUAGAGCAAAGAGAAGAACACGAGUUAAUGCAUGUUGUGGAAGGAUCCGUGUCUCCAUCACUUUCUUCUGUUGAUAUGAGAAUGACAUCAUCUCCAUCUUCUAUCCCAAGGAGAGAUGAUGUUUUUCAUCAGGAAAGUGGAGAACACUUUAGGUCUCUGCUAAGAUGUGACCCUCAGGUCCUGCAAAUGUUAAAAGAGGAACACCAGAUAAUUUUAGAAAAUCAAAAGAAUUUUGGAUUGUAUGUUCAGGAGAAGAGGGAUGGGUUGAGAAGAAGGCAGCGGCUUGAGGAGGAGCUGCUAAGAGCAAAGAUUGAAGUGGAGAAGCUGAAAGCGACUCGCCUACGGCGUGAUCUGCCUGAAUACAGUAGUCUCUGAGACGGUUCCAGUCUGGGGUCAUGAUAAUCUUAAUUUUGUCAGAAUUAUUUUCAUUUUGGAGCAUCGUGAAGCUCAGCACAUGUCCUAUAAAAAUGUUAAUAUCUCUUAUAAAAAAGCUUUUGACACGAUUUUCUUCUUUUCUUAACCUUCCUGUUUUGUUUUUCUGAGACAGGGUUUCUCGGUGUAGCCCUGGCUGUCUUGGAAGUAGCUCUGUACACCAGGCUGGCCUUGAACCUAUUUUCUUUUUGAACAUAGUUUUCUAAGUAUUUAGUAACUCUUUAAAUACUAUAAUUUAUUGAUUGGCUGACAUGGUAAUCUAGUUUCUUGCCUUCCCUCAAUUGUUUUCUAAGACAUUUAAUUGUUGGCCUCAUGUAAGAUCUUUUAUUUUGAUUAUAAAAAAUAAUGCAAAUAGAAUUGCUUCUGUUGCAUAAGCUUGUAACCUCAGCCCUUGGGAGGUAGAGGCAGAUGAGAAGAUGUAGGCCAGCCUUGGCUACCUUCCAGUUUCAAGGUCAGCCUGUGCUAUGUGAAAUCCUAUGUCAAAUAACAAAAUUCACAAAAUUGUAUGAAUUGCAUACAUAUUACUUUAAAGAACUGAAUUUUUAACAGUUUUAGUUACAACUUUAAAAGUUAGAGUUAAAAGAGAAAAAGAGAGAGUGUUGGAAGCUGCCUAAUGAGUGGUAAGCAUAUAUUUUUACUGUUGGCCUAUAUCCAUCCCUAUUCCUAGUUUUUCUUUUUUGGAGACAAGAUCUCACUAUGUAGCCCAGGCUAGCCUGUGAUAUAAGUUUCUCCUGCCCCAGCUUCUGAAUACUGAGAUUAUAAGUUUAUGUUAAACUAACAGUAACAAAAGACUUGUGUGCAUGACAUUGGCAUUGCCCUUACCCUUUGAAAGAGUGGUGGUAGAACUGACAUUUGGGAGGUAUUAGAACAGUUUAGCGGAGGUCCAGGGAGGGCACCAUAACUUAUUCCAGGCGUCUGCUUUUCAUGGCGGAGUGAGUUAUGAGUGCUUAGGUUUGGGGGAGAGGGUUGGGGCAGCAGGGGGGGUGGUGGUAGUCUUUAUCCCUUUUUUAUUCUAUAGAAAUAAAGAUCUAGGAGAAUUUAUUUAAUUAAAACCACCUUUUGGUUGGAGUUGUAGCUCAAGGGUAGAACAUUGCUUGGCCUGUUUGAGGUGCCUGCCGUCCCCUGGUGACAAAGAAAGAUGACUUUUACACAUCGUUGGGUUACGAAACCCAGGGAAUUGUAUCUACCCCACACUCCCCUCUCUUUUGUUCUGCCAAAAGAGAUCAGGUAUUUUUAUUUAAAAUAUUACAUAUUUUCACCAUGUAAGUAAGAUUAUCUUAAUUCAUUUUAAAUGUGUUUCUGGGAAAUACUUCCUUCAUAGGAAACUUAGAAUAAAACAAAAUAAAAAUUACUUAGAAGGAAAUAACAAAGAUCAUGUACACAUAGGUAUAUAACUUGUAGAUUUUUUUAAAAAUGAUUUUUUUGUAAAUAUUGUAGUAUUCAUGGAAAUAAAAUCUUUAUAAAGCUUAUAUAUUAAAUUUAUGUUAUAUAUUUAAUAUAUGUCUUACAUAGUUGAUUUCCAUUUUUUCUGGGAUUUUGAUGAGGAAGGACUUUAAAAUUCAGGCUUUCUUUUGGAUUGGGCAGUUAGAGUUUCAGAAGUACUGGGGAUCAAGUGAGCUUGGGGUCAGAAUAAACUUGUGAAAACAUAGAAAGUGGUUGAACUGGAUCAGGGUGUCCAUGCACAGACACGCUGAGCCAGGGAGGAUAGGUAGAAAGCUUUGAGUAACUUCAACAAGGACAGUGACCUGGGACACACUAUGUAGAUCAGACUGCCCUCAGUCUCACAGAGAUCAUUCCCCUGCAGAGUGCUGGGGAUUAAAUGUUUGUAAGUCAUUCCGAAUGCUUUUAAAACAGAGUUUAGGCAUGCCCCUGGCCCUGCCAGUUAGCUGGUGGUCUUUAUAAAGAGUAAAAAGCUCAGGAAGGACCAUGGCUGGGACCCAGGACUCUCCUGGUGUAACUGAGGCUUUAGAGUCCGUCCACGGUAGCACACAUACAGUAGAGUUAAACAGUCGUGUCAAUCCUGAUGAGAAACUAGGGCUGAGGUUCAGCAGUCUGCUCAUAGUAAUGCUCGCUGAAGGGUAAGAAUUGAGCGUGGUGCUUAAAUCAGCCAGCGUCUCAGCAGUUACUGUUGAAGAGUAAUGUGGGCGAAGUGAAAUUGAGAGGGUGUCAACUGGAUAUCAGUUGUCACCAAAUUAUGGAUUACAUUAAAUGCUAUUUUUAAGGAGUCAGAUUGAAUUGAAUGUAAAGUGAGAAGCCAUUGAUGGCUUUUUAAUUAUAGAGAUGACAUGAUUAAAGAUGCGAUUUAUUUUAAAUUUAGUGGUACAAGUUAUGGUUAUAGAAAUAGAAAAAGUAAAUCAAGUGGAUUCUUAGGGCAUUAGGUUAGUUUAUUUAAUUUCCUUAGUUGAAUCACAAAAACAUUUUGUACUUUAUACUUGCAUAAGGAAAAAAUGUGUACUGUGAAAUGUCUUGAGGCCUGAGGAUGCUUGCCUAGUGCCCAGGAGGCACUGGGAUAGAUAGAUUGCCAACACUCCAUGAGCCUGUGUGUAGGUGUAGUGCAUCUCUAAUCCGAGCACUGGCACUGCAGGGUCAGGACAUCAAGGCUAUGACCUACUCUUCUUUUUUCCCCCAAGACGGGGGUUCUCUGUGUAGCCCUGGCUGUCCUGGAACUCCCUCUGUAGACCAGGCUGGCUUUGAAUUCACCGAGAUCCACCUGCCCCUGCCUCUGCUUCCUGUCCUGAGUGCUAAGAUUAAAGACAUGGCCACCAUGGCCCUGCCUUUAUGGCAAUUUAUCUUUGUAAUCUGUGCUAACUUACAUUUGAAAUGCAACAAAUCUUCUAAUUUGAGGUAGCACAUUUUGUAAUAUGAUUUGAGUAAAUAUAUCUGUUUUGAAAUUAUUACAAGUUAAGAUAUGCAGUAUAAUUAAUGUUAUAAUUUUAGCAUGCUACCAUUCAUACUUAUAGAGUAUUGACUUUGCAUAGCAAAACCCAUUUUAUAAGUUUCUGUGAAAAAUUAAUCCUGUGAAAUAUUUCUAGAAAAUAAUUCAGUUUUAAAGUGUUUAAAGUACAUUUUUUUGGAUGGGUUGGUUCUAUAAUCAGUGAGGAAAUUAAAAUAGAUGUGAAAUUGCCUUUGAAAAAUUCUUUUGUUGUACAUAAAAGUAUUAUAAUCACAUUUUUCUCUGGCAUUGUUUAACUUUGCUGUUUUCCUAUAUCAAGUGACACAAUUUGGUAGCAGUUAAGGGCUGUGUAGAAUAAUAAACUUAAUUUUUCUUAAUUUUAAAUCCAGAAUUCUAUUCAUCAGAGUAAACUCACUGAAGUUUUUAUGAGUCAAUAUUGUUUUAAUUGUAAAACAUAAUUCUGCCACAUUCUUUUAAUUCUUUCCCCUAUGCAACCAUCAUUUUAGAGCAUGGUUCAUGAGAAUUCCCGAAUAAGGCAAAAAAUUAGUCAUUUGACCACAAAACCCUUCUUAACCCCCU